UCACCUACCGUUUUCUUUCUUUUUAGCCUCUCUCUAAUUCUCAACUUCACACGCCAUUUUCAAUUCUUUUUACUCUCUUCCUUUUCCUUCUGCUUCUUCAUACUAUCCUCACUGUUAAUGGAGGAAUAGUAUAGGAUUUAUUUUUGUCCUUUUGUAUUGUGCCUUAAAAUUUGUGCUCAAUAAAGAGUUACUGUAUUCUCCGCUACUGUUCUUGGAGCUUUUAGGCGGGAUAUAUUUUGGGGUUUUGAGCAGAGAAAAAUUACUCAAGUUUGGAGGCCUUGUGCAUUUGGUUCUUGAAGUAUUUCCCCUUGAAAAAGCACAGACUUCAGGGGAAAAAGUUUCUUAGAAUAUAGAGUGAUGGGGCCUAAUUUCAUGGAUGAAAUUGAAUGUGGAAACUUCUUUGAUCAGAUUGAUGACUUGAUUGAGUUCCCUACUGAAAAUGAGUGUGCUGGUAGUAGCGUUGUUGUUGAUGGUGAUAUCAAGGAUUUUCCGAGCAUUUGGGACAAUGUGUUGCCAGAUACUGACCCCCUUUCCUCCGGCAGCAAUGGUAGUGCUCCAUCCGACCUCUCAACUGAGCUUGCUGUUCCGUAUGAAGACAUUGUACAGCUAGAAUGGCUUUCAGCAUUUGUGGAGGAUUCCUUCUCGGGUGGAGGGUCGACCUUUGGAAAGGAGAAUAUGUGCGUUAACACGGAGCCAUCACACAACCAGUUCCAAAUAUCGAGCCCUAUUUCUGUACUUGAGAACAGCAGCAGCAGCUCCUGCACUGGGGGGAGGAUUAUGCCUCUCAGUCCGAGUCACCGGGGUCCACAACGUGCUCGAAGCAAGCGUCCUCGUCCGGCAACUUAUAAUCCUCGACCUGCAAUCCAACUCAUUUCCCCUCCGUGUUCUUUCAUCGAGACUCCCCGGCCAUUUGUUACUCUUGGAGUUUCUUCAGAAUCUGAGAACUUUGCAGAGUCUCGACCAAUGAAUAAGAUCCCCAAACUGGCUUCCAGAGUGGAAAAGAAGAAGAAGAAAACCUCACCCGAGGGGAAUGAGAAUGCUCCAACACAAGCCGUUAGGAAAUGCUUGCACUGUGAGAUAACAAAGACUCCCCAGUGGAGGGCUGGCCCAACGGGGCCUAAAACACUCUGCAAUGCAUGUGGCGUCCGCUACAAAUCAGGCCGAUUGUUCCCCGAAUAUCGUCCCGCUGCAAGUCCUACAUUCAGUCCAACUUUGCACUCGAAUUCUCACAAGAAAGUCAUCGAAAUGAGAACCAAGAUUGGGGAACGUUCUGUAGCAAAUACCCAAACGGCCACCAAACCAGAGUUCGUGACAAAAUGAUGCCAUUCUAUCACAGGUUCUUUCAUUUGUUUGUUUAUUGGUUCUUUGUACAGUGAUGCAAUGGGUGGUCAGGAGCACUAGUUUACGAUAUUUAGCUGAGUAGAAAGGAGAUGAUGCUAAGAGAAUCAGAAAUGGUUAGAGAGAUUACAAUGGAGUGUUUAGGUCUUAUUAUAGCUUCGUGGUCAGUGUUCUUUUAUUUCCCUCUUUUGGGGAUUCCUUUUGCAGUUAAUUUGUUGUAGGAAUUUCUUUAAUUAGUAAUGAGAUUGAAUUAGUACUUCUUGAAUGGUU